AUGUACCCCGCACACCCGUCCCUCCCCAUGAUAGUUGACAGCGCGACCCAGACGCUCGGGGAAGGCGCAUCAUUGGCUCGGUGCCUGCAGUUGGCGAGUGCACUGCCUGACGAGGCUCGCGUGCACAACGCGCCGGGAGUCGAUCGGUGUGAGGUCAUCAAGGCCACGGGCUUGCGAUUCCCCAAGAGAAACCAGCAGGUCGACCACGAGGUGGUCAAGAAGAAGCCGGAGCUGGUCCGCAACAAGCCGGCUGCGUUGCAGAUCGACCAUGACCCGGCGGCGUCUGCCGAGGAGAUUUUUGACGACGUUUUGACUUGUUGA